CGAGGGAGGGAGGGAGGGAGCUACGAGCGAGCUAGCGACGCGGGCCGCCCUUGCCGCCGCCGCCACCGCGGUCGGACCUGCGGCCUCCUCCCCUCCCCUCCCCCGCGUCGCCCUGCCGCGGGGAGGGGGCUCGCGUCGCCGCCUCCAGCCGCUCCCGAUGAAGCAGCUGCAACCGCAGCCGCCUCCGAAGAUGGGGGAUUUCUACGACCCGGAGCAUCCGACCCCUGAAGAAGAAGAAAAUGAGGCAAAGAUUGAAAAUGUGCAGAAAACAGGUUUCAUCAAGGGACCAAUCUUUAAAGGUGUUGCUUCGAGUCGAUUUUUGCCCAAAGGCACCAAGACAAAAGUUAAUUUGGAAGAACAAGGACGACAGAAGGUGUCAUUCAGCUUCAGCCUUACAAAGAAAACUUUGCCGAAUAGGUUUCUCACCGCACUUGGCAAUGAAAAGCAAAGUGAUACUCCAAACCCUCCAGCUGUACCUCUUCAGGUAGACUCAACCCCUAAAAUGAAAAUGGAAAUUGGUGAUACCUUAUCUACUGCAGAAGAAUCUUCUCCACCAAAGUCAAGGGUGGAAUUGGGCAAAAUUCAUUUUAAGAAACACCUGCUUCAUGUAACAUCCAGGCCACUGCUGGCUACUACCACAGCAGUAGCAUCUCCGCCUACUCAUGCAGUGCCAUUACCAGCAGUGAUAGCAGAAUCAACAACUGUAGACUCACCACCCUCAUCCCCACCUCCACCGCCUCCACCCCCGCAAGCCACAACACCCUCAUCACCAGCACCAGUAACAGAGCCAGUGGCCUUGCCACAUACACCAAUAACAGUUCUAAUGGCAGCACCAGUACCCUUACCAGUAGAUGUAGCAGUUAGAGCUCUGAAAGAACCACCAAUUAUAAUUGUACCAGAAUCUUUAGAAGCAGAUACUAAGCAGGACACUGUAUCUAAUAGUUCAGAAGAACACGUAACUCAAAAUUUGAAUGAGCAAGCAGAUAUUUCCUCAAAAAAAGAAGAUUCCCAUAUUGGGAAGGAUGAAGAAAUUCCAGAUAGUUCUAAGAUUAGUCUGAGCUGUAAAAAAACAGGUUCUAAGAAGAAAUACUCACAAUCUGAAGGCACCUUUCUUGGUUCAGAAUCUGAUGAAGAUUCUGUACGGACUUCUUCAAGUCAAAGAUCACAUGAUUUAAAAUUUUCAGCAAGCAUUGAAAAGGAAAGAGAUUUUAAAAAGAGCUCAGCACCUUUAAAAAGUGAGGAUCUGGGGAAGUCUUCACGAUCUAAAACAGAGAGAGAUGAUAAAUACUUUAGCUAUUCAAAACUUGAAAGAGAUACUCGGUAUGUAUCUUCCCGAUGUAGAUCAGAAAGAGAGCGACGGCGGAGCAGAUCUCGUUCUAGGUCUGACAGAGGCUCUAGAACUAAUUUAUCCUAUUCCCGGUCGGAACGAUCUCAUUAUUAUGACUCUGAUCGUCGCUACCAUAGGAGCUCCCCUUAUCGAGAGAGGACACGCUAUUCUCGACCAUACACAGAUAACAGAGCACGAGAGAGUUCUGACUCAGAAGAAGACUAUAAGAAGACAUACUCAAGGCGUACCUCAUCUCAUUCCUCUUCUUACAGAGACCUAAGGACAUCAUCCUAUUCUAAAUCUGAUCGGGACUGUAAAACUGAGACUUCUUACUUAGAUAUGGAAAGAAGAGGCAAGUAUUCUUCAAAACUAGAAAGAGAAUCUAAAAGGACUUCAGAAAAUGAAGCAAUGAAAAGAUGUUGUUCUCCCCCUAAUGAACUGGGAUUCCGACGAGGGUUAUCAUAUUCUAAGCACGACAGUAGUGCUUCCCGUUAUAAAUCUACCCUUUCAAAACCAAUACCCAAGUCUGAUAAAUUUAAAAAUUCUUUCUGUUGUACAGAAUUAAAUGAAGAAAUCAAACAGUCUCAUUCUUUUAGUUUACAAACACCUUGUUCAAAAGGUAAUGAAUUAAGAAUGAUUAAUAAAAAUCCUGAAAGAGAAAAGCCUGGGUCUCCAUCUCCAUCAAAUCGAUUAAAUGAUUCACCUACUUUUAAAAAGCUAGAUGAAUUGCCUAUUUUUAAGUCUGAAUUUAUAGCACAUGAUAGCCAUGAUAGUAUUAAGGAAUUGGACUCUUUAUCUAAAGUGAAGAAUGAUCAAUUAAGAAGCUUUUGUCCCAUAGAAUUAAAUAUAAAUGGAUCUCCUGGGGCAGAAUCUGAUUUGGCAACAUUUUGCACUUCUAAAGCUGAUGCUGUUUUAAUGACUUCUGAUGAUAGUGUGACUGGAUCGGAGGUAUCACCUUUGGUCAAAGCAUGUGUGCUUUCAUCAAAUGGAUUUCAGAAUAUUAGUAGAUGCAAAGAAAAUGACUCGGAUGAUACAUGCAUGCUACAUAAUAAGUCAGAAAGCCCAUUUAGAGAAACAGAACCUCUGGUGUUGCCACACCAAGAUAAACUCAUGUCUUUGCCAGUUAUGACUAUAGAUUAUUCCAAAACAGUAGUUAAAGAACCAGUUGAUACGAGGGUUUCUUGCUGCAAAACCAAAGAUUCAGACAUAUACUGUACUUCAAACGUCAGCAACCCUUCUUUGUGUAACUCCGAAGCUGAAAAUAUUGAGCCUUCAGUUACGAAGAUUUCUUCAAAUAGCUUUAUGAAUGUGCAUUUGGAAUCAAAAACAGUUAUAAGUGAUAAUAGAAAUUUGACAGACCACUCAAAAUUUGCAUGUGAAGAAUAUAAGCAGAGCGUUGGUAGCACUAGUUCAGCUUCUGUUAAUCAUUUUGAUGAUUUAUAUCAGCCUAUUGGGAGUUCAGGUAUUGCUUCAUCUCGUCAGAGUCUUCCACCAGGAAUAAAGGUGGACAGUCUAACUCUCUUGAAAUGCGGAGAGAACAUGUCUCCAGGUCUGGAUGCAGUACUAAAGAGUAAAAAAAGUUCAGAGUUUUUAAAGCGUGCAGGGAAAGAAACAAUAGUAGAAGUAGGUAGUGACCUUCCUGAUUCAGGAAAGGGAUUUGCCUCCAGGGAGAAAAGACAUAACAAUGGGCUAUCUGGAAAAUGUUUGCAAGAGGCUCAAGAAGAAGGGAAUUCCGUAUUGCCUGUUAGAAGAGGAAGACCAGAAAUCUCUUUAGAUGAAGGAGAAAGAGGAUGUAUGCAUACUUCUGAUGACUCAGAAGUUGUAUUUUCUUGUGAUUUGAAUUUAACCAUGGAAGACAGUGAUGGUGUAACUUAUGCAUUAAAAUGUGACAGUAGUGGUCAUGCCCCAGAAAUUGUGUCUACUGUCCAUGAAGAUUAUUCUGGCUCUUCUGAAAGUUCAAGUGAUGAAAGUGAUUCAGAAGAUACAGAUUCUGAUGACAGCAGUAUUCCAAGAAACCGUCUCCAGUCUGUUGUGGUUGUGCCAAAGAAUUCUACUUUGCCCAUGGAAGAAACGAGUCCUUGUUCUUCUCGGAGCAGUCACAGUUAUAGACACUAUUCUGACCAUUGGGAAGAUGAGAGGUUGGAGUCAAGGAGACAUUCCUAUGAGGAAAAAUUUGAAACUAUAGCAAGUAAAGCUUGUCUUCAAACUGAUAAGUUUUUCCUUCAUAAAGGAACAGAAAAGAAUCCAGAAAUUUCUUUUACACAGUCCAGUAGAAAACAAGUAGAUAACCACCUGCCUGAACUUUCUCAUCCUCAGAGUGAUGGGGUUGAUAGUACAAGUCAUACAGAUGUGAAAUCUGACCAUCUGGGUCACCUAAAUUCAGAGGAAACUGUGAAAGCCAAAAUAUCUUGUAGGCAGCAAGAACUGCCAAUUUAUUCUUCUGAUUUUGAAGAUGUCCCAAGUAAGUCUUGGCAACAGACCACUUUCCCAAACAGGCCGGAUAGUAGACUGGGAAAAACAGAAUUGAGUUUUUCUUCGUCUUGUGAGAUAUCGCAUGUGGAUGGCUUGCACUCAUCAGAAGAGCUCAGAAACUUAGGGUGGGACUUCUCUCAAGAAAAGCCUACUACCACGUAUCAGCAACCUGACAGUAGCUAUGGAGCUUGUGGUGCACACAAGUAUCAGCAAAGUGCAGAACAGUAUGGUGGGACACGUGAUUACUGGCAAGGCAAUGGUUACUGGGAUCCAAGAUCAGGUAGACCUGGAACUGGGGUUGUAUAUGAUCGAACUCAAGGACAAGUACCAGAUUCCCUGACAGAUGAUCGGGAAGAAGAGGAGAAUUGGGAUCAACAGGAUGGAUCCCACUUUUCAGACCAGUCCAACAAAUUUCUGGUAUCCCUUCAGAAAGACAAGGGGUCAGUGCAAGCACCUGAAAUAAGCAGCAAUUCCAUUAAGGACACUGUAGCUGUGAAUGAAAAGAAAGAUUUUUCAAAAAACUUAGAAAAAAAUGAUAUCAAAGAUAGAGGGCCUCUUAAGAAAAGGAGGCAGGAAAUAGAGAGUGAUUCUGAAAGUGAUGGUGAACUUCAGGACAGAAAGAAAGUUAGAGUGGAGGUAGAGCAGGAAGAGACAUCAUUGCCCCCAGGCUCAGCACUAGUUGGGCCCUCCUGUGUCAUGGAUGACUUCAGGGACCCACAGCGAUGGAAGGAAUGCGCCAAGCAGGGGAAAAUGCCUUGUUACUUUGAUCUUAUUGAAGAAAAUGUUUAUUUAACAGAAAGAAAGAAGAAUAAAUCUCAUCGAGAUAUUAAGCGAAUGCAGUGUGAGUGUACUCCUCUUUCUAAAGAUGAACGAGCUCAAGGUGAAAUAGCCUGUGGGGAAGAUUGUCUUAAUCGUCUCCUCAUGAUUGAAUGUUCUUCUCGGUGUCCAAAUGGGGAUUAUUGUUCCAAUAGACGGUUUCAGAGAAAACAGCAUGCAGAUGUGGAAGUCAUACUCACAGAAAAGAAAGGCUGGGGCUUGAGAGCUGCCAAAGACCUUCCUUCGAACACCUUUGUCCUAGAAUAUUGUGGAGAGGUACUUGAUCAUAAAGAGUUUAAAGCACGAGUGAAGGAGUAUGCACGAAACAAAAACAUCCAUUACUAUUUCAUGGCCCUGAAGAAUGAUGAGAUAAUAGAUGCCACUCAAAAAGGAAAUUGCUCUCGUUUCAUGAAUCACAGCUGUGAACCAAACUGUGAAACCCAAAAAUGGACUGUGAACGGACAACUGAGGGUUGGGUUUUUUACCACCAAACUGGUUCCUUCAGGCUCAGAGUUAACAUUUGACUAUCAGUUCCAGAGAUAUGGAAAAGAAGCCCAGAAAUGUUUCUGUGGGUCAGCCAAUUGCCGGGGUUACCUGGGAGGAGAAAACAGAGUCAGCAUCAGAGCAGCAGGAGGGAAAAUGAAGAAGGAACGAUCUCGGAAGAAGGAUUCAGUGGAUGGAGAGCUAGAAGCUCUGUUGGAAAAUGGUGAGGGUCUCUCUGAUAAAAACCAGGUGCUCAGCUUAUCCCGGCUAAUGGUUCGAAUUGAAACUUUGGAGCAGAAACUUACCUGUCUGGAGCUCAUACAGAACACACACUCACAGUCCUGCCUGAAGUCCUUUCUGGAACGUCAUGGGCUGUCUUUGUUGUGGAUCUGGAUGGCAGAGCUAGGUGACGGCCGGGAAAGUAACCAGAAGCUUCAGGAAGAGAUUAUAAAGACUUUGGAACACUUGCCCAUUCCUACUAAAAAUAUGUUGGAGGAAAGCAAAGUACUUCCAAUUAUUCAACGCUGGUCUCAGACUAAGACUGCUGUCCCUCCAUUGAGUGAAGGAGAUGGGUAUUCUAGUGAGAAUACAUCGCGUGCUCAUACACCACUCAACACACCUGAUCCUUCCAUGAAGCUGAGCGCAGAAGUUGACACAGACACUCCCAAGAAACUCAUGUUUCGCAGACUUAAAAUUAUAAGUGAAAAUAGCAUGGACAGUGCAAUCUCUGAUGCAACCAGUGAGCUAGAAGGCAAGGAUGGCAAAGAGGAUCUUGAUCCAUUAGAAAAUAUCCCUGUAGAGGAAGAGGAAGAGUUGCAGUCACAACAGCUACUCCCACAACAGCUGCCUGAAUGCAAAGUUGAUAGUGAAACCAGCGUAGAUGCCAGUAAGUUACCUACAUCUGAACCAGAAGCUGAUGCUGAAAUAGAGCCCAAAGAGAGCAAUGGCACAAAACUAGAAGAACCUAUUAAUGAAGAAACACCAUCCCAAGAUGAAGAGGAGGGUGUGUCUGAUGUGGAGAGUGAAAGGAGCCAAGAACAGCCAGAUAAAACAGUGGAUAUAAGUGAUUUGGCCACCAAACUCCUGGACAGUUGGAAAGACUUAAAGGAGGUAUAUCGAAUUCCAAAGAAAAGUCAAACUGAAAAAGAGAACACAAUAACUGAACGAGGAAGGGAUGCUGUUGCCUUUAGAGAUCAAACACCUGCCCCAAAGACUCCUAAUAGGUCAAGAGAGAGAGACCCAGACAAGCAAACUCAAAAUAAAGAGAAAAGGAAACGAAGAGGCUCCCUCUCACCACCUGCUUCUGCCUAUGAGCGGGGAUCAAAAAGGCCAGAUGACAGAUAUGAUACACCAACUUCUAAAAAGAAAGUACGAAUUAAAGACCGCAAUAAACUUUCUACAGAGGAACGCCGGAAGUUGUUUGAGCAAGAGGUGGCUCAGCGGGAGGCUCAGAAACAACAGCAACAGAUGCAGAACCUGGGAAUGACAUCACCACUGCCCUAUGACUCUCUUGGUUAUAAUGCCCCUCAUCAUCCCUUUGCUGGUUACCCACCAGGUUAUCCCAUGCAGGCCUAUGUGGAUCCCAGCAACCCUAAUGCUGGAAAGGUGCUCCUGCCCACACCCAGCAUGGACCCAGUGUGUUCCCCUGCUCCUUAUGAUCAUGCUCAGCCCUUGGUGGGACAUUCUACAGAACCCCUUUCUGCCCCUCCACCAGUACCAGUGGUGCCACAUGUGGCAGCUCCUGUGGAAGUUUCCAGUUCCCAGUAUGUGACCCAGAGUGAUGGUGUAGUACACCAAGACUCCAGCGUUGCUGUCUUGCCAGUGCCGGCCCCCGGUCCAGUUCAGGGACAGAAUUAUAGUGUUUGGGAUUCAAACCAACAAUCUGUCAGUGUACAGCAGCAGUAUUCUCCUGCACAGUCUCAAGCAACCAUAUAUUAUCAAGGACAGACAUGUCCAACAGUCUAUGGUGUGACAUCACCUUAUUCACAGACACCACCACCAAUUGUACAGGUAACUAAUUCUGGAAUUUCUCUUUUCUGUUUUAUGGCCUGUUCAUGGGAUGUUAGGGGCAGAACCACAAUAAAGAAAGCUCCUAAAGCAAGAGAUAAUUUUCUCAUGUGGUCAAGGAUUCUGACUUAUUCUGUGUCUCAUUCUAUGUUAUAUUUUCUGUAUGUAAGAGCAGAGAUGUUUAUGUCAGGAUUCUGUUUCCUAGCCUUGAUAGCAUGGGUGUUUUUACCUCUUUCUAGGCAGACUCAGUGGGAUCCUCCUACUUGGGAAAGCCCAGGAGAUGAUGCUAGCCUUGAGCAUGAAGCUGAGAUGGACCUUGGAACUCCAACAUAUGAUGAAAACCCCAUGAAGACCUCGAAAAAGCCCAAGACAGCGGAAGCAGACACCUCCAGCGAACUAGCAAAGAAAAGCAAAGAAGUAUUCAGAAAAGAGAUGUCCCAGUUCAUCGUCCAGUGCCUGAACCCUUACCGGAAACCUGACUGCAAAGUGGGAAGAAUUACCACAACUGAAGACUUUAAACAUCUGGCUCGCAAGCUGACUCAUGGUGUUAUGAAUAAGGAGCUGAAGUACUGUAAGAAUCCUGAGGACCUGGAAUGCAAUGAGAAUGUGAAACACAAAACCAAGGAGUACAUUAAGAAGUACAUGCAGAAGUUUGGGGCUGUUUACAAACCCAAAGAGGACACUGAAUUAGAGUGACUAUUGGGCCAGGGCGGGAGGAUGGGUGGUCAGGUAAGACAGACUCUAGGGAGAGGAAGUCCUGUGGGCCUUUCUGCCCCACCCCUGUCAGCAUUGUGCUACUGAUGACACAUCACCCUGGGAAAUUCAACCGUGCAGAUGUCAACCGAAGGCCACAAAAAUGAACUCCAUAUACAAGUGAUUUCCUAGUUGUGAGCUGUUGGCAUGUUAUUAGAAGCCAUCAGAGGUGUAAGGGCUUAGAAAAGACCCUGGCCAGACCUGACUCCACUCUUAAACCUGGGUCUCCUCCUUGGCGGUGCUGUCAGCGCACAGACCCAUGCGCAUCCCCACCCACAACCCUUUACCCUGAUGAUCUGUAUUAUAUUUUAAUGUAUAUGUGAAUAUAUUGAAAAUAAUUUGUUUUUUUCUGGUUUUUGUUUGGUUUUCGUUUUGCUUUUAGCCUCUACAUGCUAGGAUCACAGGAAGACUUUGUAAGGACAGUUUAAGUUCUCCUACAAGGUUUAAUUUGUUAUCAUGUAAAUAUUCCAAAGCAGGCUGCCUUGUGGUUUCGGCCAGCCUUGUGCUAUGUUGAUAAGAUUGAUUUACUGCUUAAAAUCACUUUACUUUAUCCAAUUUUUACUGAACUUUUUAUGUAAAAAAAUAAAAUCAAUUAAAGAACUUGG